GAGAAAAAAAAUACAAUGGAGGAAAAAUUCAACAAAAUAUUACAGGAAAAAAAAGCAAGAGCAAGCACUUCUAGAUCUAACCCCAGCAUCUUCAUUAAGUGAGACAGAAAAUUCCUUUGCAAAUGAAGAAACCAACAGACAGGAACUGGACACAAAUAAUGAAAAUCUGAACAGAACACCAGCAGAAGAAAGUUUAGACCUGACGGGGCCAAUGGAGGCAUCCACCCCCCAGAGAACACGGCCAGUCAUUAAAAAAAGAGAGCGGGCAUCAAAGAUUGUGGCCAAAUUAAGAGCAAAGCUAAGGUAUGCUGAAGAGAAACUUGGGGCAAAGACAACACAACUGAUGUCACUAAACAGAAAAAUUAGAAGGCUGGAGGCUAGACCAAAAUUGCAAUGCCAAGGCUACCAGCAAAGAUUUCACAGAGGGUCAGGAUCAGAGAGGCUAAAAAGGGACUGCCGAUCAAUAGCAGGCGGAAACAACUUGGCAAGAUUGUGAGCAUGUUCCUACAUCGGGAUGAUGUCUCGACUGUCAUAAAUGGCAAGGCUGGAGAGAUUCGUCGCAAGGGACAAAUUUAUAGAAAAAGAGCGCUCACAGACACCUUGGCAAAACUCCAUCGACGAUUCCUUGCUGAACAUCCUGAGCAAACCGUGUCCAAAGCUCAGUUCUUUAGAUUGAGGCCAUUUUGGAUUAUUAGGCCUAAAGUUAAAGACAGAGAGACGUGUGCAUGUAAAAUGCACGAGAACAUUGACUUUAAAAUAAAAAGAAUGGAACAACUGGGAAUCAUUGAAACAUCAAGCCCAGAGGAUCUUGUGCAGUCCAGUGUGUGUGACACUGGCAACAUGUCCUGCAUGUAUGGAAGAUGUGAGAAAUGCAUCGAAAAGACCUUUCCCACAUCCUUAGAUCCUCUCACUCAGGGGAACACUGUCAUCUGGCAAGAGUGGAUCACAAGGUCUGUCACUGUAACAAAGACCCUCAAGGAUGGAUCUACAGAGGGAAAGCAGACAAAGAAAACCUUCCUUGAAAAGCGUACCUCAUCCAUUGAGCGGUUGCUGGCCCUAACAACAGAACACCUUCCAGGUUUUGCCAUUCACAUGUUUAAUGUCAAGCACCAAUAUUUGACAUUGAAAGCAAUGAAAGAUACCCUGACAGAUGAUGCUGUUGCUGUGCAUGUGGAUUACAGCGAAAAUUACAGCUGCAAAUAUGCCAAAGAAAUCAAGGACACCCAUUUUGGAACUGGGAAUGAUCAGGUAACCCUCCACACCGGGGUACUCUAUCUCAGUAGGGGCAGAGUGGAAGCCUUUGCAUCCCUCUCAGACUGCUUACAGCAUGAUGCAGUGGCAACCUGGGCUCAUCUUGACCCAGUGCUGAGAUACAUACGAGGAAAGUAUCCUGAAGCCCACAACCUACAUUUAAUUUCAGAUGGCCCAACUUCCCAGUAUAGAAACAAAACAUCUUUCUAUCUAGCCUCCACUGUGCCCUUUAUGCAUGGAUUUCAAUGGGUGACCUGGAACUAUACUGAGGCAUCACAUGGCAAAGGUGCACCAGAUGGAGUAGGUGGGGCCUUGAAGAAUCUUGCGGACAGAAUUGUGUCUUAUGGGACCAGUAUUCCUGAUGCAGAGUCUCUGUAUGAGCAGCUGAAGAACAAUUCAUCAGUGACUCUGUACAAAGUACCAGAGGAGAAAAUAAAGGCCAGCUGUGAAUUAGUUCCCCCAAACCUGAAAACAGUUCCUGGGACACUGAAAAUACACCAACUGACAUCCACAAAACCGGGAGUCAUAAACACACAGGAGGUGUCAUGCUUUUGUGGAAAAAAUUGCCAGUGCUUUUCUGCAAAUUGCCAUGUGUUGUUUGAGGAAGGAGAUGAGGACCCUGACAAAACCGAGGCCACCAUAGAGGUUGGACAGUGGGUCCUGGUUGAAUACGAUGGUGACUUGUUCCCUGGUACAGUCACACAGAUUGCUGAAGGGCAGUAUGAAGUUGACACCAUGACUUGUGCAGGGGAAAACCGCUUCUAUGUGCCGAGCAUCAGAUUUCCAGGAGAAAGGGUCUGGUACUAUCGUCAGGACAUACGGGACAUAAUCCCAGAACCACUUCCUGUCACCUCCUCUGCUAGGCAUUUCUGCAUUUUACCUGACGUAUGGGCAAGACACAAAAAACGCUCAUGAAUGAGUUAAAACGUGGAGGGGGAAAACGUGAUUGGUACAAAGCAGUCGUUCCAGUUGUUUGUUUUAGUUGCUUGCUAAGUUCUUCACAUGAAAUUAUUCUCAGAAAAAGGUUGUAUGGUUGAUAGAAUGUCAGGACCAAAGUUUUAUAGAUAAAAUAAAAUAAUUUUACAAGAGCACAUGAUGCUGUUACAUUUAAAUGUUUCUCAGGACCACAUGAUGGUAUGUUACAUGGAAAUUAAUGUUUCUCAGGAACACAUGAUGGUAUGUUACAUUGAAAAAGUUCUCAUGAACACAUGAUUGUAUGUUAUACUAGAAUGAUAAUAUUUAUACUAAUGGUUGUAUAUUUGUUUGUGCUGCAGUGUAGGCUACAUGGCAUGAUUCUUUAUGAGCACAAGAUUGUAACUUGUAUACACAACACUUGUUAACACAAGGCAUGGUACUGUGAUCAUUACGAUAAAUGAUAAAAUGAAACACUGUUUAUGAAAUAAAUAUUCUUUAAAAGAAAUUGUAUGUGUUUUAAAUAUGUAAAAUAGGGUUAGGCAUCAAACCCCUUUGUCAAUAGUGAAUGUAUUGAACUAAAUCUAAUUUCCGAAACAUUGAUCCUCAUUCCCGAAAUGGCAUUCUCAUUACCGCAACAUGUAUCUUUUUUACAAAUUAAGUAAUAAUUAGAUAAUCAUAUUUUGUUUUAAGAUGUAUAUACAUAUUAUACAACACUACUUAUUUAAGGUCUGCUGCAUAAAAAUGUGUAUGUUAUAUUUUAGUAAAACAAUUAAAUAAAAGAAGUUGUAAAUCAUCACAUAUGUUUCGGUAAUGAGAGAAAAUAAGGAAAUUACAAAAUAUAAUAAUUAUGAAAAAGUAAUCUCUCCAGAGUUUUACAUAGCUUUGAGCAUGAGUAAUAAGAGUCUACUUUAACAUUAGCCAAAAAUACACAUUUUUAACCAUAUAUUUAAUGCAAUGUCAUGUUGCGGUAAUGAUAUUUUUUAUGGACUUCAUCUAAAAAUGUAAAUAAAUAUAUAGGAAAUAUUUUUAAAAAUCUUCUGAAAAUAAUGGUUAUGGUAAAUUCAUACCUUAAUCUUAUAUGUGCAAAAAGAAAAUUGGCUUCAAGGGCAUUUUAAAAAUUCUGAUGCUGGUCACCUUCUUAAUCUGGAUUUCGUGAGAAUCACCCA